AUGAAGAAUAUAGACGUUCAUUGCAACAACACAGAAAAUCAUACCAAGCUUACAGAAUUUAUUCUCUUGGGACUUUCAGGUGACUCCGAAGUACAGAUUCUUCUCUUCUUUCUGUUCCUAAUAAUAUAUGCCACAACAUUGAUUGGAAACUCUGUCAUCAUUUUCAUUAUCAAGACAGAAAUGAGCCUACAGACCCCCAUGUUCUUCUUUCUCAGCCAUCUUGCCAUUGUUGACAUUUCUUACUCCUCCGUCACUGUCCCAAAGCUGCUGGAAACCCUAAUAUCCAUGAAAAAAUCCAUUUCCCUCGUGGGAUGCAUGACACAGAUUUUCUUCUUUGUCUAUUUUGCCUGUGUUGAUGUUUUUCUGCUUUCAGCCAUGGCAUAUGACAGAUAUGUUGCUAUAUGCGACCCACUCCAUUAUUCAAUCGUAAUGACAAAACCUGUAUGCUGGAAACUGGUAGGCGGAGCUUGGGUCAUUGCUUUCCUUGAUGCAACACUCAACACAAUGCCUUUCAUAGGUUUGCAAUUCUGUGAGAACAAUCUAAUCAGUCACUUCACCUGUGAGCUUUCUGCAGUUCUGAGUUUGUCAUGUAGUGACACUUCCAUCAAUUAUAAGCUGAUACUUGCCUCUUGUUUUCUCUUUGGUUUCACCUCCUUCUUCCUCACCAUGGUCUCGUACAUUUAUAUUAUUUCCUCCAUCCUCAAGAUUCAGUCCACAAAAGGCAGGAUCAAAGCCUUUUCCACCUGUAGCUCUCACCUUAUUGUUGUUUGCUUGUUUUAUCUUUCGGCUUUUUCUAGAAACUUGCAGCCACAUUCUAAAUCUUUCACAGACCUUGACAAAGUGAGUUCUAUCCAGUACUUAAUUUUAACUCCUAUGUUAAACCCAAUCAUAUAUAGUCUGAAAAACAAAGAAUUGAAAGUUAUUCUAUGGAAAAGAUUUGGAAAGCAUAAGUAA